UGUGUGAUCCGAUUUCGCUUAAUGUUACGUAAAUGGCGGUUUCCAACCAUGUGUGUUGUUUUGGGUUGCCGUUGGACCUAAAAUGGCGUCCGUAGAUGUGUAUUGUGUUUGUGGCCAGCCGUACGACCCGAAUUUAUUUAUGAUACAGUGCGAUGUUUGCAAGGACUGGUUUCACGGAAAUUGCAUAGAUGUCAAGGAGCACGACGCAUGCGACAUCAUCAAGUACCACUGCCCUCAGUGCCAGUUGACCUUCGGACCGUCAAUCUGGAAGCAAAGAACUAACUGGCAUCGGCACGACUACUCAGACCCCGAUGCUAGCGACAAGCCUGUACAGACAGGUACCUAUGUGUUCAUAAAAGAACUGAAGUCGAGGCAUUUUGAGAGUGCGGAGAGCAUAGUGACUCGGCUGAAUGGCGACCAGUUCAACCUGCAAUACCUGCUGCACAGUGGGUUUACCAACCCAGUCUUGGUCACCAAGAAGGAUGGCCUUGGGCUUGUUAUGCCACCAGAGGACCUCACUGUCAGUGAUGUCAUGGAUUUCAUCGGGCCAGAUUUCAUGCUGGACGUCAUCGACGUCCGGAAGCAGGAGGAUCUCAAGAUGACCAUGUCGGAGUGGGUCGACUACUUCAACAGCUACGAUCGCUCCAAGGUGUUCAAUGUCAUCAGCCUUGAGUUCUCGGACACAAGGCUGUCUGACUUUGUGAAGCCGCCGUCGUUGGUCCAACGCAUCAGUUGGGUGGAGAACUGCUGGCCAUCACACGUGCCCAACAUCGGUGUGUACCAGCGUCCUGCCGUCAUGAAGUACUGUCUCAUGAGCACCGAGAACAGCUUCACCGACUUUCACAUCGACUUUGGCGGCUCCUCUGUGUGGUAUCACGUUCUCCGAGGGGAGAAGCUAUUCUACCUGAUACGGCCAACACAAACCAACCUUAGUCUCUACGAGCACUGGAUGGCCUCAGCCAACCAGAGCGAGACCUUCUUUGGGGACCAGGCAGACGCCUGCUAUCGGCUCACACUCACUGCCGGGCAGACGCUGUUCAUUCCGACAGGGUGGAUACAUGCGGUCUACACCUCGGUCGACUCCAUGGUCUUUGGAGGAAACUUUCUGCACAGCUUCAACAUCGGCCUCCAGCUACAAGUGUAUGAGUUAGAGAAGAGAAUUGACGCCCCGAACAAGUACAAGUUCCCCUCGUUCGAGACGACCCACUGGUUCGCUGCAUCAUACGUCAUCGAACAGCUGAGAAGUGCAACAGCGUCUGAGUUCAAGCCUCCCAGCUUUCUGAUUGUUGGAGCAAAGGCCUUGAUGACCGCACUCAAGAACUGGACUCAAGAGCCCAACUGCAAAUUGGACGUAAUUCCAAGUGGAAUCAAUGUACCCAAGCUUCUGAAAGAUAUGGCCAAGGAAGUCAGAGCAGCAGAGAAGAAGAUGAGCGGCAAGGUCAAGGCUGAGAAAGAGACCAAGAAGGGCAAGCAGGGAGCCGCGAAGGGAGCCAAGGCGGCUGCUGCCGCCGCCGUUGCCGGUGUGCAGGAAAACAUGACGCCUGUGCGGGGCAGCGGUGGGCCCGCUCAGCAGGGCAUCAAUAUCAAGGUGAAGCUGCCCGUCAAGGCCAAAGGCAAGGCAAAGGGCAAGGGCACCGGCGGCCUCAAGGCCAGGGCAACGACAGCCACGAAGAAGGCACAAAGUGUGAAACAGGAAAAACCGGCCCCGGCGCCGCCACCCGUGACGCCGCUGCACAAGGAGUCAGUGUACGACUUCAACGACUCGGACGACGACGGCCUGGUGGUGGACGAGAAUCCGCCGCCACAACCACGUCGCUCAUAUCAGCGGGCAGUGGCUGUUCCCGCCACGCCUGCCCUGCCACCCAUCUCCACGUUCAGCAACAACGCCUCCAUGGGCAACUUCGCGGCGGCGGCGGCGGCAGCCGCGGCCGGCACCACGUCUUCCCCCGUCAUGGAGUCCCCGGACAGCAAGCAAGGUUCUCUCAAGCUUCGGCUUUCAUUCAACGGCAAGUCCAAGGUUGAGAAGAAGCCCGUGGUGAACAACAAGGCUGGCGGUGCAGCCGUGGUUGCCAAGUCUGCCAGCGGGGAGGACACUGCCGACGUGCCGAAGAACGGAACCAUCGACGACCUUCUGCUGGCGUCCAGCAUUGCCCUGGACACGGACAGCACGCGAGUCAGCCUUGAAGAAGAGUUGGGGGGUGGUCGAGCAUCGCCGUCGACAAGAGACGCUAUCCAGGGCAUGCUGUCCAUGUCAAAGAGCGCGUUCACGUUCGGGCCUUGCGACGGGGGCGGACCCAUGGGCCCCACCGCGCAGGAGCUUCUCGAGGGAGGUCCGUUAAGCACGGGUCUGGCGCUGGGGUUGACCGGGGCGCGUGGAAGGAUCGGUCCGACGCCCACACACAAGCGGCCCACGCCCUUCAGCUCUGCCGCCUCCCGGAUGCGGUCCGGCGAGGAAGAAGAUCUCGAAGAAUCUCUGCUCAAGGAGUGCCACGCGGACGACGACUAUGUGUACCCUGGACUGGAAGCGUCGGAUGACGAGCUUCGUGUGUUCAAACCUCGAGGGCGAUCCAAGCGAGACGAGGCCUGGAAUCCUAAAGCCAAACUUGCUCCAAACUGCCCCAAACCCCCACGUCCCACGAGAGAGGGAACGCAAAAGAAGUCUGUCAAGCGCACCAUCGAGGACACAGCGUCCAAGCUUGCCAAUAAGCCUCCUCCCAAGCGAUCCUACCAUCGCAAAAAGUCGCAAGCGCCGUCCAAGGUCAAGGAAAAGGACAUCGAGGAGUUUGAACCGGGACCGUCCACAUCCUCGGCGGCCAGCAAAAAGCCCUCCCUGCCUCCAGAUGCUUUUAGGCUGAAAAAGCCGAAAAAAGGUUUCGCCACUGCAAAGCAGCGCCUGGGCAAGAUUCUCAAGAUCCACAAGAUGAUCUACUGAGAAGGAGACAA